CCACAUAGAAACUAAUUAAUGGAACUGCUUCCACACGAUGCCGUAGAGAGAAUUCUAGAGAGAGUUCCGGUGAAGUCUCUGCUCAGAUUCAAAUCUGUUUCGAAACAAUGGAAAUUCACAAUAGAGUCUCAAUAUUUCCAGAAGAAACAGUUGACCUUUGGCUCGAAACCAGUAGGAGAUGAUGAUGAUAUCUAUGUUCUUUUGGUGGUCACUGAGCUGAAGACAGUGGUAUUGUCUUAUGAUGAUCGUCGUUGUCUUGUUGUUACUUCUGCUCCAAGGAAUUUGGUGUUGGAGUCAUCAUCACUAUAUUUCUCAAUAUUAUUAGGCGGCUGGCAAAAUAGCUGUGACGGUCUUGUUUGCCUCAGCGCAUACCUCAAAGCAAAUCUUGUGUUAAAUCCCACCACUCGAUGGCAUCGAAGUUUCCCUCCCUCCAGCACCAACGCUUGGAGGUACAUUACUCCUUCUUCUCCUUAUCGGAUUAUUGCUUCCACGUAUCCUCUGUAUUUAGAUGGAUCGCUUUAUUGGUUAACCGAGGAGAAAGAAACAAAAGUUUUAUCUUUAGAUCUUCAUACCGAAACUUUUCAAAUCAUCACUCCACUUCCUUCUGCGGAAGCAACUCCCAAAAAAAUCAUCAUAUCCAACCUGAACAACCGCUUGUGCUUAUCGUUUUGUAAUCGGACCCAACAAGUGAUAUGGUCGUUCAGUUCAGAGACCAAGACUUGGGAACAUAUAUAUUCGAUAGUGAGUGUUCUUACUCCUUUAUUUCCACUAGCAAUCCUGGAGAAGAACAAGCUUCUUUCUUCUGAUGUAUUUGGUACAGAACUGGUCAUGUAUGAUCCCACGACCAAAUCUCUUGAUUCCGUUUUCAAAGACGUAUGCAAAGACGCCCCUUUACUUGGAAAUCUGGUUUGUUAUGUCAAGAGUUUAAUCUCUAUUUUGUAAUUUGUUUUCACCAUUUUCUUCUUUUUGUAUGCUUCCCGUGAUACAUCAAUCUGAUCUAAAUUAUGGAUU